CUAACACACUCCAUACAAAUAGAAAGCUAAUUUAAAAGAUGAACUUCAAAAGCCUCUCUCUAUUUUCAAUCUCUUUUAUUGCUCUCUGCUUCACGGUGGCCAGUGCUGCCAAUUUUGACAUUCGAAACAACUGUCCUUACAAGGUCUGGGCAGCAGCCGUUCCUGGUGGUGGCAGAGAGCUGAGCAGAGGCGCAGUUUGGAAUCUAAACGUGAAUCCUGGCACUACAGGAGCCCGUAUCUGGGGUCGAACCAAUUGCCAAUUCGACGGAGCUCGACGAGGCAGAUGCCAAACCGGUGACUGUGGGGGCCUACUUCAGUGCAAAGCCUAUGGUGCACCCCCAAACACCUUGGCUGAAUUCGCAUUAAACCAGUUCAACAACUUGGAUUUCUUUGAUAUCUCUCUGGUUGAUGGAUUUAAUGUUCCCAUGGAAUUUAGUCCAACAUCUGGCAGUUGCAGCAGGGGUAUUCGAUGCACAGCUGAUAUCAUAGGUCAGUGCCCUAAUCAGUUGAAAGCCCCAGGUGGAUGCAAUAACCCUUGCACUGUCUACAAAACAGAUCAAUAUUGUUGCAAUUCAGGGAAUUGUGGCCCAACGGAUUUGUCCAGGUUCUUCAAGGCAAGAUGCCCCGAUGCUUACAGUUACCCUAAAGAUGAUCAAACAAGCACAUUUACUUGCCCUGGUGGGACCAAUUACAGGGUUGUGUUCUGCCCUUGACUGAAUGGCUGCUUGCUGCCUUAUGAAGUUACAUAUUAAAUAAUGGAGAAAUAAGUUUUUUUCACAAGCACGUGUAUGCCGUGCAGUAAGUGAAAUUGUAUUAAAACUUCAAAUAUGGAGUUUAUGGAAUUAAUGGGUAAAAGUUUAUGUAAUUUGUCGUU